ACUCAACGAUAUGUCAGACGUCAGGAAGCAGGUUAGGUUUUAGUAUUAAAAUUACGUUUCCACGCUUCUUGCCGAGUGUCGGUGAGUACUGUUUCGAUCGCUAGGUUGGAAUAUCGCAAAACUGACAUUUUGGCGAAAAAUAAUAUUUGUCAGUCACCCGUCAUGAAUGAAUAUACUUUGGCAAUAUUUCCGUGUUACGUAUAAACAUCGUCGCGAAUGUCUCAAUUUUCUCGACUCGAUUUUUACUGAGCUACAACGGCCGAUUGAUUGAAUUUGUCAUCAAAGUUUUAUCAAAUAUACUCUAGAAAUAUAUUUUUCCAAUUUUAUAUAUAUAUAUUGUGCAUCAUACAAAGUGAAAAAUGUCGACAACGAUAUUUGCAACACAGAGAGUCACGCAUAAGUGGUUUCACUUUUGUUAUGGAAAAUUCUUAUAUCAACAAGCGACUACGAGGCUCUGCGUCCAAAGUGCAGCGCAAUACUGCAUUUCCGUAAAAGACAAAAAUAAACAUAUAUCUAAAGAUUUUGAGUAUGAAGAUAUUACCAAUAAAAAUGAUGUGUACAGAGACAGUAGAUUAAAAGAUGUAACAGAGGAAGUUGCUGAUAACAAGGGGAGAAAAACUGAUAAGUUUAGAGGAGUUCAGAGGUUUAAUACUGAGUCUCUUACUCUAAAAAAGAUAGAACGAGAUUACCCGCAAGCGAAAGGCUCCUUAAAGAACAUUUACGCAUUAGUCAGUCAGGAAAUUAAAGAUCACACAUCAAUUCUAACUUCGAGCAGCAAGCAGGUUAAAAGAAACUGGGAAAUUACUUUCAAUGUCAAGUGGCCGGAAGCUAUGUCUUUUACUGGAAUUAGCACAAACAAAACAGCAGCGUCUAAGCAAGCAGCCUUAAAGUGCUUACUAUGGCUAGAGACGAACGGCAAACUGAGAAAUGGCAAACCGAUUAUCUACAGCAGAGAAGAGAUGAAGGAGAAACAAUUACAACCCAUUAAAUUAAGUGUCACUUCAGACAUCUUGGAUAAAAUGGUGGACCUGAUCGAGACUUACGAAUCGGAGGUAGAGAACAUAGUGACAUCGGAGGAAGUCGCCACUUUUCACAGUUCGUUUAAGUUAUCUCCCUUAACGCCGAUCCAUCCGAUCCUUGUGAGGCCAGAGACGAUCACAGACCAGUGCGACAAGCAGACUCGCAACAAAAUGUUGCAGGAAAGGCUGCAAAAGGAAAGGCCCACCAACACCUCCCUACCAAUUUUUGAAUUUAGGGACGAGAUUCUUAGCAAGUUGCAGGACAAUCGAGUUCUGUUGAUAGAAGGCGACACGGGGUGCGGCAAGACCACCCAAGUUCCCCAGUUCAUAAUAGACAGUUUCGCGCAGACCGGGAACGCCAGCGACUGCAACAUACUGGUGUCGCAGCCGCGCAGGAUCUCGGCGAUCACGCUGGCAGAUCGCAUUGCGUACGAGAGGAACGAGCGUGUCGGAGACGUUGUCGGCUUUCACGUGAGACUGGAGCAAAAGCUGCCGAGGGGUUUCGGCGGGAUCCUCUUUUGCACCACGGGUAUACUGCUGAAGAAAUUGCAGACCAAUCCCGGCCUAUUGGGGUGCUCGCACGUGAUCCUCGACGAGGCGCACGAGCGCCACAUUGACAUCGAUAUGCUGAUGAUCCUGUUGAAGCGAGCCCUGACGCUGAAUCCCCAUCUGCACGUCCUGGUCAUGUCGGCGACGAUAAACGCGCACCUGUUCCAACGGUACUUCGAUUGUCGAAGCGUCAAGGUGCCCGGCAGAUUGCAUUCCGUGCAGAUGCACUUCAUGGAGGACAUCAUGAGACUGCCGAAUAUCCACAAGUACCAGUACGGCUACACGGAGAGAAGGAAUUACGAGGGAGCGGACAAGAUCCGAGUCGAUUACGAGAAAGUAGCACAAAUUAUAGGAUGGAUUUGCGAGAACAAGCCGCCCGGUGCUAUCUUGUGCUUCCUGCCGGGAUGGAACGAGAUCACGAACGUGCAGAAUAUACUGAAACAUUCAUUAGACAGCAAUCAGCUCAUUCUGCCAAUUCACUCGAAAAUGUCGCACAACGAGCAACGCAAGAUCUUCGAAAGUACACCCCAGAACAUACGGAAAAUUAUCUUGGCCACGGAUAUUGCGGAAACUGGCAUCACCGUGAGCGACGUUGUUUACGUGGUGGAUUCCGCGAUACGUAAAGAACUGCGAUGGGACGACAAUAAGGAUUUACCGUACAUAAGUAAUCAUUGGGUCUCUCAGGCGAACAUUCGACAGAGAAAAGGAAGGGCCGGCCGCGUUAAGCCCGGGGAGAGUUAUCAUUUAAUUACGAAAGAGCGGUACAAAAAUUUGGAGCCAUAUGCGCUGCCGCAGAUACUGUGCAGUCCAUUGGAGAAGGUGGUUCUCGACAGCAAAGUGUACACAGAUAGCAAGGCGGAAGAGUUUCUGAGCGGACUGAUCGAGCCGCCAAGUCGGACUGCAAUACAGAAGGCGGCCAGGUAUCUAAUAGAUCUCGGCGUUCUCGACGAUCAGGAGAACCUCACCGCUUUAGGCAAACGAAUAGCAAUGUUCUCGACGCAUCCCAAGAUCAGCAAAGCGUUAGUGUAUUCUACUAUCUUCAACUGCAUACAUCCUGUUACAACGAUAGCUGGAAUUUUCUCCGGCGAGGAUAAUCUCUUUACUGGCAUAUUAGACAAUAAGUCUGUAGUCAGGGGAAAUAAAAGGUUGUUUCAUCCAUCCAGCGAUCACAUCUCGUUAGUAUGGAUAUUUAAGCAGUGGCUCGAAUACGACGGGCACGAUUUGCAGACGGUGUUAACCUUCUGUAAGCAAAUGAAGCUUCGACCGGCCCGAAUGGGAAUACUGAAACAGAUACGAGACACGUUGCUCCAACAGCUGAUGCAGUGUCACAUGUUCUCUGAUGAUAUGACAUGCAAUACUUACAAGAGUUUCGACGAGUUAAACAAGUACGAGGAAAACGACGAGCUGGUACAGGCUCUGCUGUACUUCGCCACGCAGCAGCUGAUAGAGAACAAGCAAAUGGGAUUCAAGAAUGGAGUCCCGAGGAAAAUGAAUCAUCUUCAAACGCAUGGUCGUGCGCGGGCCAUGAUUUCGGGAGAGAGCGUGAAUUACAAUCGGAAAUUCUGGCCAAGCCCGUUCAUGACGUAUCUUCACAGCGCGCACUGUGAAACCAGACGCAGCACGGUGAUUCGCGAAUCGAGCAUGAUAUCACCUCUGUCAGUAUUACUCUUCAGCCAGGGAGAGACUCGAUGUCAGGAGUUGAGUGAUGACAACGUGAAGAUCACGUUGUACGCCAAUAAGCGGCAGACUUUGAGGUUUUCUUGCAACAAGGAAACCGCCGACGUGCUCUUAAACUUUAGGGACAUUAUGUGGUCUAUAGUACAGUUCUCGUUGAAGAGGCAGGGGAUCAUCGGAUAUGCUACAGAUCUCGAUACGCAGCAAGUAUUUCAGUACAAAAAUAAGCUUCUCGAUACCCUCUCAGAAACACUGUACGAGGCCAGUAAACCCAUACAAGAGGCUGAUUGCCAAAAAGAUGACAAGAAAAAAUCGUCUUGAAUGAGUAUGGAUAUAACUAAUGUAUAAUGAAUGUACAUAAUAGUAUCCAAAGUUUUUUAAGUAACGCUGUCUCGAACGACAUAGAAUUAUUGUAUAAUUUACGCUGGUUGUUAAAUACAUACACGUAAAAAUACGUAAAAG